UGCUCCUUCUCAGCAGGAAUGGAGCUGAGGCAUUGAAUGGACUGGCAGAAGUUUCUAUUAUCUUCAGGAAGUGGGGCAGGAGCAGAGCCAGCUGGCAACUGCCUAUGUGACCUGUUAAAUUUAAAAUGGGUUCUUUGCAGUUUUCCCCACCACAUUGUGGGGUGGUAUUUCCCUCUCCUGUGAAUAAAUAGCAUUGCUGAAGAACUGAUAGAUGAAAGACCACAUGUGUUCUCAGAAAAGGAAAUGAGUGCUGUUCUCCCAGGAUGUAUUUACCUUUGCUCCCAUUGUGUUUUCGCCAGCCAACAACUAAGAAUAACACACCCUCGGAAUUUCAGACGGUGAAAGAAGAGUGCUUAAACUGCAUACAGGAGGCCCUCUUACAGGGACAGUGGCAGAGGGCUGCAGAGCUCAUGAUAAGCUAUCUAGAGACACUGGAGAAUACCAGUCGGGAAAAGCAGCUUGCAGCUCAUGAGGAAAUCUGGAGAAUAGGAACUGAGAUUUUGCAGCAACAUCCACGGAGCAAUAUCGAUGAGACCAACCACUUUGCAGACCGGAUGAAAAAUUCAGGAGUUGGAAGAUAUUUAAAGGUUUCUUUAGAGCAUGCCUUCCACCUCCUGUGCAGCGGAUUUCUGGAUGAGGCCUAUCAGCACCUGGUCCUGGCAGAAAGUUGGCGCUAUGGAGAACAAACUGCUGUUCAUGAAAAAGAGCUGAAGCUUGUGCAAGGCUACAGGGGGCUGUUGGAUUAUUAUAAGUGGCUGAAAAGGAAGACGGACCUGCUGGAACUUGAUGAAGGCAGCUAUGCGGAGUCUUCUGUUCAGCAGGAAAUGGAGCAUUUAUACCGGCAGGCCAAAGGCAGCCUCAAGGAGAUUAUUAAAUUUCCUGGAGUCUGGGAUCCUUUUGUGAUGUGUUAUGUGGAUAUGCUGGAACACUAUGAGAAGUAUGAAGAAGCAAAAGAAGUGCUAAGUGAAUAUGCCUAUAAUUCCAAAUAUCCUUCCAACCCUAAUGCUCAUGUCUUCUUCUAUCACUUCCUAAAGAGAAGGGGUGAAUCGAGGAAAAUAAAGAUUUCUGUACUCCAGGUCUUGCAUGAGCGUGUUCCUUCUCAUGAGUUGAUGCUGGAAUUUUACAGCCUACUUAAAAAGUCAAAAAAAAAGAGAAAACAUAAAUUACGGCUGCGGGUUAUUUUUGCAGUUUUGGACUAUCCCGAUUGGAAGGAAAAUGUAAAAGCUUGGAGAUUUUUGGCAAAACAGAUUGUAGAAAUCCUGCAGAACUGUGGCAAGCAGCUUGACUGGCUCAAAAAAGAGUGGAGUUUCCGCAAGGACUGGUGGCCGGCCUUCCAUUUCAGUGUUUAUUUGGCAAAAAGAAACUGGCAGGAUAACGAACGUCUUGCAUGUGAAAAGUUACUUGUAGCUGGGGUACUGCUGGGAAAAGAUUGCAAAUAUUUUAAGUACAUCAUGAAAGAACACUAUAAAGCCAAGAAGAGAAAGUUCAAAACACUGAAAACCUUCAUAAAAGAACACAGCUGGGUUGCACAGAGAUUGUGCGCUUGAUAUUUGAUUACUUCAAAAGUCAAAUGCCUUCUUGAAAUUAUAAUCUGGAAAAAUAAUUAGUAUAGAUUUAUAGGUUUCAGUUUCUAUACAGAUCUCUCCUGCAAAUAAUUACUUCAGCACAAAAGCUUUGUACAUGAAUGAGAACCUUUUUUUUAUCAGAGUUCUUGUUUUAUAAUAAAUCUGUUUGAAAGAAA